AUUAGAAAGACUUUUCUUCCACUUUAUCCUUAUAGAAAUACACGUAAUGGGUAAAAUAGCGACCAUAGAAUACUUCCGCGUGCCCCCACGCUGGCUGUUCGUUAAAAUCACCGACGAUGCCGGAAACACUGGCUGGGGCGAAGCAUCACUCGAAGGACAUACCCAAGCAGUAGAAGGAUGUCUCGAUGCAUGGAUUGAGCGCUAUAUCGGAUUUGAAGCGGAUGAGAUCGAGCAUAUUUGGCAGAUGUCAUGGCGGACGAGCUUCUAUAGGGGUGGCCCUGUUUUCAUGAGUGCAUUGGCUGGUAUCGAUAUUGCGCUGUGGGACUUGAAGGCUAGGAAGCUCGGCGUACCCAUCUACCAACUCCUCGGAGGCAAAGUCCGCGACAAACUCAAAGUCUACGCCUGGAUUGGCGGCGACCGUCCAGGAGACAUCGAGAAACAAGCCCUGGCACGCAAAGCCCAGGGUUUCCUUUCCGUGAAAAUGAACGGCACCGAAGACCUCGGCUGGCUUGAUUCUCCCGCCGCGCUGAACGAUUGCGUCGAGCGCCUCAAAGCCGUCAAAGCCCUCGGUAUGGACGCCGGCAUCGACUUCCACGGCCGCGUGCACAAACCCAUGGCCAAGCAGCUUGCAAAAGCCCUCGAGCCCCAUUUCCCCCUCUUCAUCGAGGAACCGCUACUCUCCGAGCACAUUGGCGGCAUCACCCAAAUCUCCCAGCUCACCGGCACGCCCAUCGCGCUCGGCGAGCGGCUUCACAGUCGCUGGGACGUCCGCCCCUUCCUCGAAGCCGGCUGCGUGGAUAUCCUGCAGCCGGACAUCAGCCACGUAGGCGGGAUCUCAGAAAUGAAGAAGAUAGCGGCGAUGUGCGAGACGUACGAUGUGGCUGUGGCGCCGCACUGUCCGCUAGGGCCGAUUGCGUUGGCGGCAAAUGUGCAGGUGGAUGCUGUGAUGCCGAACUUUGCGAUUCAAGAGAUGAGUCUGGGGAUCCAUUACAAUGCGGGGAGUCAGGAUCUGACGAGUUAUGUGAAGAAUCCUGAGGUGUGGGAUGUGAAGGAUGGGUAUAUUGAGUUGUUGAAAGGGCCGGGGUUGGGGAUUGAGGUUGAUGAGGCGCAGGUGAGGAAGCUGUCGAAGAAUGCGAAGGCUUGGGUGAGUCCGGGGUUUAUUGGGCCGGGUGGGGAGGUUAGGGAGUGGUAGAGUUCUGGGUAGAUAAUGUGUAACGAUGCCGAAAUCCCUAGAUUGGAUGGAUGGGGGCCCCUUUGAACCACUCCUGGAAAUGCCCUAUAGAUGUUAGAUCUUUGAUUGGGUAGGAAUAAGUCUACUGGUCCUUAUUCGCUGGGUUUAGAUAGACGUACAAAUGCGAGCCUUGGGCACUCAAACGUAUCCGGAG